AUGCUUCAAGUACCCGGUGUUGGCCCCGCCAACCACCCCGCGCAUCUCUCCGAUAAGGAUGCAGCGUUAGCCGUCGUGAGCGAUGUGGCUCAGGAGAUCGACCCCGUGGUUGGGAAGAGAGUGUUGAGGAAGAUCGACCGGUACUUCAUGCCUGCGAUGCUGAUUGGUUAUGGCUUAGUCUACUAUGACAAGGCAAUUCUAGGCAGUGCCGCACUGUUUGGCAUGACCACUGACCUGCAAUUGAGCAUCACUGACUAUUCGACAUCCCCGCCUUCUGUUGAUACAUCCCGUCUCAGUUGGGCCACAUCUAUUUUCUAUUUUGGAAUGUUGACCGGUCUUUAUCCAAUGACUUUUGUGUUGCAAAGAUUCAAUAUUCGUCACGUCCUCGGCCCUGUUGUUCUCCUCUGGGCAAUUGUUUGUGCAGCCACUGCUGGUGUCACAUCCUGGCGAGGAUUGUUCGUACAGCGGUUCUUUCUUGGUUUCAUCGAAAGCGUUAUCCCAACUAGUUUCAUGACCAUCGUCAGUGGUUACUACACGCAGGAGGAGCAGGCUCUUCGGCAAGCGUGGUGGUUUUCAGGCACUGGCUGGUUCACCAUCAUCGGCGGUGCGCUGAACUACGGCUUUGGCCAAAUCACCUCUGGAUCCUUGGCCAGGUGGCAGUACAUUUAUAUUCUUGCAGGAGCCUUGACAUUCAUCUUUGGCCUCUGGUGCUGCACCAUUCCCAACUCACCCGUAUCGGCCUGGUUCCUUACUCCAGAAGAGCGGAUGGUGGCCGUGGAGCGAUUGCGAAAAGGACAGACCGGUGUUAGAUGCCAGAAGAUCAAGUUUGAUCAAAUCAAAGAAUCAUUUACUGAUAUUAAAAUCUACCUGGUGGCUAUUAUGAUGGCUGCAGCCUACACAAUCAACGGCGCUAUCUCUGGCUUUGGGCCCUUGAUUGUCUCUACCUUCGGAUACAACACUCUGGACUCGAUCUUAUUCCAAUUCCCUGUGGGUGGUGUGUGUAUUAUCUUCAUCCCGCUGUGUGGAUAUAUCCCCACCGUUGUUCCCAAUACGCGAAUCCCCAUGCUCAUCGCAUGCUGUCUCCCUGUCAUUGCCGGAUGUGUGAUGAUUUGGAAAUCACACUGGGGUUAUCACCCUGCCGUCCCGGUCGUCGGUUAUGCGCUUACCGGGUUUUUCGGACCGGUUGUCAGUCUGAUCAUCACGGUUGGCGCUAGCAACGUUGCGGGGGCUACAAAGAAAACAGUCAUGGCCGCCACCGUCUUCGUUGCUUAUACGGUGGGAAAUAUCAUCGGACCACAACUUGUCAAGAGCAAUACCAAGGCUCAGCAUUAUCCAGAAUUAUGGACCGGCAUGGUGAUUUGCUAUUCUAUCACGAUCGUUGCAGCUUUCGCCUUGUAUGUUGUAUUGUGGAGAGAGAACAAAGCUCGGGAUGCCAUUGAGCUUGAUGAAGUGCAACGCGACAAGAUCGCCUUCGACGACCUCACUGACAAGCAAAAUCCGUUCUUCCGGUAUGCUCUAUAA